AGGAAUAUUCUAGUCAGCAUAUUGAUAUAGCAUAUGGAUAGUACAGUUCAGUGAACGAGGAGUUGGAAAAAAUUUGACAUGUGAUAUAACACUAUUCGGAGGAACAAUGGCUUUGAUGAUAGUGUAUGCAUUUGCGGCUACAUUUUCUUCAAGAGCAUCUGAUCAGGUUGGACAAAGGAUCUGGCUAGGGUUUGCUGGAAUUCUUGCUGCUGGCAUGGCUAUCACAUCAUCUAUAGGUCUAUGUUCUUUAGCUGGAGUUGGCUUUGUGACCAUAGUAGGCGUGGUUCCAUUUCUUAUCAUAGGUAUUGGUAUUGAUGACAUGUUUUUACUGCAGUCGGCUUAUCAGCAGCUCAGACUGAAACCAAUGUGGCAGAUAAAAUGGCCAAAACAAUGUGUGUUUCUGGUGUAGGUGUCACUAUCACCUCUCUAACAGAUCUUAUUGCAUCCAUGGCGGGUGUUGGGUCAGAGUUUGUGGCGGUCCAGAAUUUCUGCACUUAUACAGCUGUUGCAGUGGUGUUUUGCUAUUUAAACAACAUCACAUUUUUCGCAGCCUGUGUUGCUAUCAAUGAACGACGUGUAGAUGGCAAUCGCCAUUUUAUGACAUGUCAACCAAUAAAAACCAAGGAAAAGUUAUUUGAAGAAAGGGAAUCCAACUUAACAGUCACUUGCUGUGGAGGACGUGCACCGAGGAACCGAGAAGAAGCGGAAAGCUUGAUUGACAAACUCCCUCGUUGGCUGAUCCCGAAAAUAGUCCUUAAAUUACCAUGCAAGAUUAUCAUCUUGGUUUUAUAUAUUCCGUACAUUAUCUUUGCAAUAUACGGCUGUAUUCACAUGAAACAAGGAAUGCCUUUCUCCCAGUUAGUCAGUGAUGACUCGUACUUCUUCAAGUACUCUGAAUGGAAUGAGCAACAUUUCCCUCGACAAGCUGUGGUGAUGUUUGUUAUAACAAGUACACAAAAUUAUUUCCUACAGGAAACACAGUCACAGGUGGAUAAAUUGAUUUCUAGAGCAUAAGCCAGUUCUUUCUUUGAAGAAAACUAUGAAGUAAAUUGGCUUAAAUCCUUCAGAGAAUCACAAUAUUACAGUGUUGGAAAUGCGUUUUUAUUUGGGAUUGAAAGGGUUUUUCAGUGAUCCGCAGUACAUGAUGUAUUACAAUGAUGUUGCAGUGGACUUAACAAAAGCGUUAUCCUAGCAUCUCGUGUAUAUGUACGGUCGAAAAGUGUUAAACAUAACGAAGAGGGGGAACUUAUGUUAGAAGCACGAAAAAUAGCUGAAACUGCUUCAAUUGAUUGUUUUGCCUUUUCAACAGUGUUUACAAAAGCCGAAUUGUAUGUUCGCAUUUUAAGACUGACUGCCCAAUCUGUUGGUAUUGCUCUUGCAUCAGUUUUUGUGAUCACAUGUUUAUUUAUGCCAUACCAUGUACUGAUUCUGUUUGUCACUGUGGCUGUUGCUUCAAUAAUGGUAGGUGUUGUAGGCUAUAUGUUGUAUUUGAAUGUGUCGUUAAGUGCAAUCUCAAUGGUGAUGUUGAUUAUGAGUAUUGGCUUUUCUGUUGACUUUACGGCCCACAUUUGCCAUGGUUACAUGAUGUCUGAUGGAGGGACACGCCCUACUAGGGUGCAGCAAGCAAUUGAUAAAACUGGUGCUCCAAUUUUCCAUGGUGCCGUCUCGUCUAUCUUGGGUGUGUUAGCUCUUGUUGGUGCAAAAUCUUAUAUUUUCCGAUCGUUUGCUGCAAUUAAGGCGUUUGUCUUGCUUUUUGGCAUCAUGCAUGCUCUGUUUUUACUUCCGGUGGUUUUUUUCCUGGUUCGGACCGGGAAAAAAUAACACAGAGACAGAGGAUAAAGAGUCAGAUAAGUCAGCAAUGGCCAAUGAGGAUACGGAAGCAAAUGAUAUUAAAUUGAAAAAGAUGUAUCCGACAAUGAUAACUCGGCAGGUGCGAAGUUGUUGAAAGUUACCGAGGAUAAAGAAUCAGAGAAGUCAGCAAUGGCCAAUGAGGAUACGGAAGCAAAUGAUAUUAAAUUGAAAGAUGUAUCCGACAAUGAUAACUCGGCAGGUGCGAAGUUGUUGAAAGUUACCGAGGAUAAAGAAUCAGAGAAGUCAGCCAUGGCCAAUAAGGAUACGGAAGCAAAUGAUAUUAAAUUGAAAGAUGCAUCCGACAAUGAUAACUCGGCAGAUGUGAAAUUGUUGAAGGUUACAAUGAAAUCCGACACUGAAAUUAAAGGGGAAGAUGUAUGAAUGUAAAGCAUCAGAAUAAUUUUACCUCACGAUGAUGUUUCGUAGUGAAUAGAAAUUAUUUGCUGAAGUAUAUUACAUUAAUAAAUAUACAGUAUGUCUUACCUGAGUAUUGUAAAAAAUUUGAUCAAAAGUUUGUUAUAGAUGAUACAUGUUUGUUAUAGAUGAUACAUGUAUAUGGAUAGUCUGUUUCACACAUAGGAGAUGUAAUAAUUCACUAUAGUAAUACUUGAUAAAUGUUUUUCUAUUGUAAACCAUUUGUUGUAGUGUUAAAUGGACAAAAAAAUGCUUUUCAGUAUUGUGAUUAACUGCCUGAUAGUGGGAAAUCUCAUCUUGUAUGUAUGUCACAACUAUCACAUUAUUGUUUAUUGGCAAUCGUAGUUGAAUUGUUAUUUGUGAAAUGGAUAAUUAAGGAUAUUGUAUUGUUUUUUUUUACAGAUUUGUGCAUUUACCUGAAUAUGAACUAGCACUUCCUUUGUCAGGUAUAUUGCAAUACCUUUGUUUGUUAUUGUGUUUUAUUGUGAAGCCUUUUAUUCAGUAAAAUGAAAAGAAAACGGGGUUACAAGCAAACAUACAGUUUAUGAUUGUAAAUCCUCUUUACCUUAAUAUACUAAUUCUAAAAAGCUAUAUAACAGGAAAUAUUCAUGUUCUCUUAAUAAAGGAAGAACUUUAGCUGCAUUGAAAAUAUUGUUUCUCUUAGAAUAUUUUGUUGAAAUUUUAGAUGAGGUAAAUUGGUCAAAGUGGGCUGUUUGUUUCCUUGUGAUUUUCCUUGGAAGUGAAGCAUUCAAGAGUGAAAAUUAAUUUAGAGAAAUUUCAAGUGAUGGCAGCAUAAACAUAUUGUAAAAUUUUUAAUAUAUUAAUUGUUGGAAGCAAAAUUUUGCUUUUUUAAUUGGAAUCUCAUUGUUUUUUGUAUACAAUCUCAGUUUGAAAACUUAAGAAAAUGUUUAUUUCUUUUUUAUUGUUUUGUAUGAUAUAGUAAUAAUAUCAUUUACCUAUAACAGUAUACAGUGCAGCCUGGUUAAUUUGGUUAUCCUUGCAGUCUGACCAGGCUCUAUACUGUUGAUAGUUUGAUACUGACAUCCCUUUAACUGCUAAUGGACUGUUCCAAAAUCAAAUUAGGACUAGUCCAUUGUACAAAUUCAGUAGGGUAACUGAUAGGAGUAUGUUUGUAAGAGCAAUAAAACUUUAACCUUUGACCUUUAACCUACUGGAACCAAACAUGAUUACCCUUUACCACCAGUAUAUAGCCAGACAGAUAUUAUCACCUAUUACUGCAUGGUCUUUAACAACAAUGACUUGUUGUUUGGAAGGAGAUAUUGUGACAUGUACAAUUUAAUAUACAUGUAUACAAGGGUGAAAUAGUGCAGGUAUUUAUUGGAGACUCCUCUGUUAGUCAAUACCUAUUCACAUUUUUGUGGCAGUAUUGUAUAUGUAUUCAGUCAUUAUGUAUAUUUAUGUGUAAGUUGUUAUUUAUGUCAAUGUAUCACAGAGAAAUACAAGGUAUUUUCCAAUAUUAUCACAACAUUUUUAGUAAGAAUGGCAUCAGAUGCAGCAGAAGUUUUGUAUUUAU